AUGCAGCCAAACGUCUCGCUCGUCGUUGCCCUGGGCCUGGCAACCCAUCUCAUCCGCGUCUGCAAUCGCACGCCGAAUACACCACGCGUAAAGUACGACAAAGACAAGCUGUUCGCCAUACCCUUUGUCAAAGAGCAUGGGCCUGUGAUCCUCGAGUACCUGUUCGUGAUACCCUGUGUCUAUCACAUUGUUCUCACCGCAACUCUUCGAGAUCGCGAACCAUCGGCGCUUUGUCCGCACCCGAACCACCCAGAUCACAAAUACUUCACCUGGUCGCCGUACACUGUCAUAUGCUUGUCUAUCAUCUUCGCUUCGGCGACUUUACGCCUCCUUGCGUUCCGUACGCUUGGGAAGAACUUCACGUUCGAGCUGGCUCAGCCCGAUCGGCUCAUCACGACUGGGAUCUAUGCUUAUGUCCAACAUCCCUCUUACGGGCCUUUGUUUGUUCUUAUAUGCGCUACUGUCAUGCUCUUUCUUCCACUUGAUGGCGCUCUGGGCUGCUUGCUACCAUUCUCAGCAGUAGAAUUGUGGAUCACGUGGCACUGGUACAUCCUCGCAUGUAUUAUCGUGAUUAUGAGCAUUGCGCUAGGAGUGAGAGUUCGCGACGAGGAAGCUAUGCUAAAAGAGACAUUUGGGAAAGCUUGGAUUGAAUGGAAUCAGAGGACACCUCGGUUUGUGCCAUAUCUGUUUUGA